UUCUCAGUCUCUCUUUUUCCCCCUCUUUCUUUAUGCAAUAGUGAUGUUUGCUGUAAAAAGAACGAUCCGUUUGUUCUUGUCUCUUACUGUCUUGUCUUCAUUUCUAUUUAUCAGCUGCAAUUUAAACCAACAUACAUCUCCUGAACCAGAGGCACGAUUCCAUCAAAACUACAGUUACCCGUAAUUGAGGCCCUCCAGGAUCUGACCAUGGACACUCCGCCAAAAGCACAGCAAGUGAAGCCAGUGGUAUCUGCUCUCUGCAAAGUCCCGCUCCUCUUUCUGCUCCUGUACCUCUUUGUGUGCUCCCUUGACAUUUUAAGCUCUGCCUUCCAACUAGCUGGGGGCAGGGUAGCAGGCGAUAUCUUCCAGAAAGAUGCCAUCCUGUCUAACCCAGUGGCAGGGCUGGUGGUGGGAAUACUGGUGACAGUGUUAGUCCAGAGCUCCUCCACCUCUACAUCCAUCAUAGUCAGCCUCGUCUCUUCUGGCUUGCUGGAUGUUCAGUCAGCCAUUCCUAUCAUCAUGGGCUCUAACAUCGGAACAUCAGUCACCAAUACCAUUGUUGCUCUGAUGCAGGCUGGGGAGAGAGAUGAGUUUGAAAGGGCAUUUGCUGGAGCUACAGUCCAUGACUGUUUUAACUGGUUGUCUGUUUUGGUGCUUCUCCCUCUGGAAGCUGUGAGUGGGCUGUUGAGGCAAUUGUCACAGGCCGUGGUUGACACACUACAGCUCAGUACUGGAGAAGAAGCUCCUGAACUUCUUAAAGUUCUCACUGAGCCACUCACUAAGAUGAUUAUCCAGCUGGAUCGGUCAGUCAUUACAGCCAUCGCUACAGGAGACCACAGCGUGAGGAACAAGAGUCUGGUGAAGCAAUGGUGUGAAACCACAACUGUGAAGGUACUGCUACCAUACAAUAUGUCCCAUAUAAUGUCAUUACUGCCCUAUUUCUUCUUGUGUAGGCAUCUCUUUGUGGACUGCUCUUUGUCAGACUUGGCCAUAGGUCUGAUCCUCCUGGCUUGCUCCCUUGUGGUGCUGUGCAGCUGUCUGAUACUCCUGGUUAAACUGCUUAACUCCCUCCUGAAGGGCCAGUUGGCCAGUGCCAUUAAUAAAGUUGUUAAUACAGAUUUCCCCUUCCCUUUUACCUGGCUGGCAGGUUAUCUGGCUGUGUUAGUGGGAGCAGGCAUGACCUUUUUGGUUCAGAGUAGUUCUGUCUUCACCUCUGCUAUCACCCCUCUCAUAGGGAUUGGUGUGAUCAGUAUUGAAAGAGCCUACCCUUUAACCCUGGGGUCCAACCUCGGAACCACUACAACAGCUACACUGGCAGCCCUGGCUAGUCCGGGAGAUAAGCUUGUUGCUGCCACACAGGUUGCCUUAUGUCACUUUUUCUUUAACCUUCUUGGUAUCUUGCUAUGGUAUCCCAUACCAGCCACCCGCUUACCCAUACGUAUGGCCUGUGCCCUUGGCAAACGCACUGCCAGGUACCGCUGGUUUGCUGUUUUGUACCUUCUCCUCUGCUUCCUGCUACUCCCAUCCCUCGUGUUUGCCGUCUCCAUGGCUGGGUGGAAGGUGAUGACUGGGAUAGGCGUACCAGUCAUUAUGGUGAUUAUAUCUGCUGCAACUGUAAACAUGCUCCAGGCACGUAGACCGGGUUGUUUGCCGCUUAGACUGCAGAACUGGGACUUUCUUCCUGUUUGGAUGACCUCGCUGCAGCCCCUUGAUGACCUCAUCACCAGAGCGACCCUGUUGUGCAGGCAGUGGAGGGGUUGGACUUGGAAGCUAAAUGAUGGCCAGGUAACAUCACUGGAGGGCAUUACUGUCAUCCCUGAGAGAAAAGUCAGGAAGGAAUGUCAGCAGAGUGGGGAUGGACAGGAGAUUGAUAAGAGCUGGCAGAAACAAAGAGGACUGGACAAACAUGGGUGUUGUGAUCUACAAUACAACCAGGAAAAAAACAACAGAGACAACACAGCAACCAACAUGUAUUCAGAGAACAAUAUAUUUAACUUGGCUGCAGAGUGCUCCAUAAACAUGAACUUAAACAAUCAGGGUACUCUGCUGAGUAGCACCCAAUUGUAGUGCUACUAUCUUGUGUUUAAGGUUUGCCAGACGUUACAUGUAUUUAAAGACCUGUAUGGAUGUCAUUGCUAAAAAAAAUGUUUUACAAUCCUGUGCUGAAAAAGAACAUAAAUGUAAUUGCCUGAGGAUUUGUAACUGGCUGCACAAACUCAUUGAAAUGUGAGGAGAGCUACUAUAAAUUUAGGGCUGAUGGACUGCUUUCAGAUGAAUAGUUAAUAAAUAGCAUGUUGGUGUCUUAUUAUCUUGAGAUAAUUAUUAACAAGGUAGCUUUUAUUUUACACAACUGAUGCAAGAGGACUCUAACAGUGAUAAGAAGUUAUAUCCAGUAUACUGUAUGUUGCAACCUUAGCAAAGAUUUCAACAUGGAUGAUAAACAUACUAAAUAAUUGCUUGAAGUUUAACAUGACUUUGUUU